AUGUCAACUUUCAUGCGCACAUCUCCCACUCAAUGCUCUAGUGUUUUUCUAUAUUCUACUCUUUUCUCUGUGUCUUGUUUCAUGUCUCUCCCGCGGUUAGAUUCGGUGUCAGGAUUUUUUCUCAAUAUUUUUUUAUGUCUCUCUGUGUAUCUUCUCUUCUUAGCAUCUUGCUUGUUGGUAGUGGGUGAUCUGGGGGCUUACAUGCGGUGCAUGCCACUUGGCUUGGAAUCUGAGGGCUUGGAAUCUGAGGGCUUACAUGCGGUGCAUACCACUUAUGAGUGGCUCCCGCUCUUAAAUCUGCGGGCUUGGGAUCUGAGGGCUGACAUGCGGUGCAUGCCACUUUCUCACAAGACUUUGACGCAACAUAAAUUUCAGAAGCUCAGUGCCAUAUUUGAUGUUGGGCGACAUUUUUAUCAUCUACUUUCUUUGGAGUGUACAGCUUUGAUCGUCUGUGCGCGUGGCGCGUUCCACUUCAAUCCUGCCAUGGGUUUCGACGCCGCCACCAUCUCAAGCAACAAUGACAAUUUCGACCUUGACCGCUGGAGAAAGAAUUUCAAGGACAAGCAUGCAAACCUGGCGAAGAAGAUGCAUUUCAUGUAA